AUGGCAAUCUCUUUGGCCAGGUGUGACCGACUCUUACGCAACUUGGCUCUAAGCAUUCCGUUAACGCUUAACUUCCGCUUCAUUAACGGAUUAGAGAGAUUCGCUUUUGCGGUACUGUAAUUUGAAUAUCUUAAACAAAAAACGAUUUAUAUUGCGUGGGGGAUAGGAUAAGGUUAUAUAAGACAAUUUAGAGAGAAUUAGAGUAAAUGAAAGUAGUAUAGACAGGGCCGGGCGGGGACUUUUGGUCUGGGGGCGGGGGUCUAAAAAAUCGGCACAGGUCCUGUGCCGAUUUUUUGCGUAAUUUUUUUUCCGAAAAUCCACAGGGGGGACCACGUUCAAUUUUUUUUUCAAAAAAAUUUUUUUUCUACUCGGGGGGGGGGGUCCCCCUCCCCCCCCCCUCGCGCCCGGCCCUGAGUAUAGAGUUAGGUACGGUAAGGUAGGGCAGUGUAAGAUAAGGUAGGGCAAGAUAAGCCAAGGCAAGGCAAGUUAAACUAGUAUAUUGUAGAGUAAGGUAGAAUUGGGUGGAGCAUAAGGAUGGGCAUGAGCUAUAUCAUAAAAUGGAGACUGAGUCUAAGCUUGAGCCUCAUCAUGAGCUAGUAUAAUAUGAAGUAGAGUAGGUUAAGAUAGUUUAGGGUAGGGUAGGGUAGGGUAGGGUGGUAGGGCAGAGUAGGGUGGUAGGGUAGGGUAGGGUAAGAUUAAUACCAAAAUAUUUGAAUUAUAAAUGUUUGUCGUACUGUAUUCAAGCCCCGCCCCCUUCCGAAGUGUUCCCAUCCAGAGAAAUUAUUGCGCGUUUCUCAAAUUUCAUUUCGGAUUUUGUCGCUUUUGAAGCGCCUUAAUUAGAGGUCCCAAAAUAUUUCGCUUAUUGGGUCAAUUUUGGCAUUUCGAGAGCAUGAUCGAGAUUGUGGUUACUGUAGUGUUAGCUUUAUAUCUUUCUUGUAUUUUUUCUAAAGAUGGGUGGGGGGGAUCUUGAGUUUAAAAAAAUUUUUUUUUGUUAUUUUAAGUAGUUCAAAUAAUUCUGUGCUUUAUAAUUCCAAACAUUAGUUUCUAAAGGAGCACAGAAUUAUUUGAACAACCGAUUAUUUGUUUAAUCAUGCCAAUUCUACUGUCUAAUCUUAUAUUAUUAUAGAUGCCAGCUGAGCCAAAAGUGGACUGGACUGAAAACUCUGACCCUGCCGUUCCAGCCAUGACUCAAGAGUUUCCACUACCAAACUACAGUACCACCACAUACACUCCACAAGCGUACAAUUUGUAUAACCCACAGUACUACAAUAACAUUCGGAAUGGACUGUACUUGGGCAACUCUGGGUUGUAUGGUAAGUGGAGUAGUGUACUGUACUGUACUGUACUGUAUUAUUUUAUACUCUAAUUUUGAUAUUCAUACCAGAAAUUUUGUUUUUCUAAAAAAAGUUUUAGGCUUAUGAAUUGUGAAUUUAAGCUUAGGCUUAUUUAAAAAAAUUUUAGCCGGAACAUCCUACCCAACAACAUUUGACUACAAUUACGCUAGCUACGGCAUGAACUACUUGAACAACUCCGCUUCUCGUACUAGUCCGAUCUCAAGUAUACAGCAAAAUUAUAGAGUAAGCAUUGAUUUUUAUCUAUUUUAAUGUCUUUUAGCGCAACUUAGUCACAAAUAAUCCAUUUUCAAUGAAUUUGAGUCCAAAUACAAGCCAGGCCUUCGAUCCUACUGUAACUUCUACUACAAAAAAUGAUAAAAGCAGUAAGUAUUAUUUUCUUCUAACCAUAACUUUGUUUUUGAUUCUUAGUUUUAGUAUUACCAUAACUUCACUCUCAGUUUUUGGUUUAGCCAUAGACUUACCUUUAACUUUAAAUUAGCUUGAGGCCAAGCCAGAACACUUGAUUCUAAGCUUAAGUCUAAGCUUGAGCCUUAUCUUUAGCCUUAUCCUAAGCCUAAACCCAAGCCUAAGCAUGAGUCUGAGCCUGAGCCUGAGCCUGAGCCUGAGCUUGAGCCUGAACCUGAACCUGAACCUGAGCCUGAGCCUGAGCGUGAGCUUGAGCGUGAGCCUGAACUUGAACCUGAGCCUGAGCCUGAGCCUGAGCCUGAGCCUGAGCCUGAGCCUGAGCCUGAGCCUGAACCUGAACCUGAACCUGAACCUGAACCUAAACCUGAACCUAAACCUAAACCUAAACCUAAACCUGAGCCUGAGCCUGAGCAUGAGCCUGAGGUUGAGCCUGAGUCUGAGCAUGAGCCUGAGCAUGAGCCUGAGCAUGAGCCUGAGCCUGAGCCCGAGCUUGAUCCUAAGCGUGAGCCCAAGCCUGAGCCUUAGUCUAAGCCUUAGCCGUAACUCAAGCCCUCACUAUGUGAUAACUUUGAUUUGCUUUACAUUAUCUAGCCCAAGGAUAGCCGUAUUAGGUAGCUUGCUUUGCCCCUUACUAGCACACUAGCCUUUCCUAACCUGUCCGACCUUAUACUAAUAGUAACCAACUUAAAGCUGUACUUUUAUUAAUUUUUUAGAAAGCCGAAAACGAAAAAAGCCCAUGCCUUUAACAGAAAACCAGCCCAACUUCAAACGCGUUUACGUGUGGGAAAUUGACGAACUCUGUAACACGACCAUUGUACCACCAGCCAUGCACACACAGCUAAACAAACUGAUCGAACAGUUACUCAAGAGUUACUUCGAUCUGACAACAUACGAAGCUCAAGAAUACGAUCAUAUUAACAUUGAGGACGGUCCAUUGGAAGAGAUUCUGAACGAUGGUGCUUCUGUGUACAACAGUUCUGACAGUUUUACGAGCUCAGAAGAUAAGACUGAUGUCAGCUCGAGCCAUGUCCAGAGCUCGACUAGUGUGGCUGGGACUAGUAAUACGGCGGUCGAUAAUUUGAAGGUAGGAACUUUUGAUGGUGUUUUACAGGAUUUUAAGGCAGGGGUUGGUUUUAGCAAAGUUUUUUAAUAAUUGGUUUAUCAAUUUUGGCAUAGAUGAAGACAAAUUCUUCGAAAAAAAUUUUUAAUUUUAAAAAUUUUUUUUUCAGAAAAUCGCUCAGAAGCAACAGAAUAUGAAAAGGAUUUACAAUCAGUACAAGAGUAGUAUAUCAAGUAAGGUUAGCUUAUGUGUAUCUCUCUCAUCUCUUUAACUUUCUUUUAUCUUCCUCUUCCCCUCAUGACAAAAAAACGUUUUAUUCUGCCCUCCCUACCCGUUAAAUUUUAAAAACGCGUUUUGUUUUGCACCGCCCUUUACUCUUUUUUUAUCUCUUUUUCCCCCUCCUUUCUAAAAAAAGCAUGUCUUUUCCUUCCUGUUUCACAAAUUUUAAAAACCAUUUUGUUUUAACUCCCCCCCCACGCGUACAACAUAACCUGAGCUUAAGCCUGAGCUUAAGCCUCAGCCUCAGCCUAAGCUUGAGCCUUAGCCUGAGUUUCAGGCCGGCCUUUCUUUUUGCAACAACCUAAUAAAUUCGCUUUUACCAGGCCGAGGCCGUCCAAAGCCUAAUCAGGCCCAAAACAAAUAAUCUUCCUCCCUUUUCAGUGUUAGUCGGAGACAAUCAAGUGUUGAACUGGUUCGACUCUGUCGAAGCCAUGGAUUCUCGUCGAUGCUACAAGAAAUGCCUAAAGCUAGCCAUUGAGAGGUCUACAGACACGACUUUGUUUACUAAUGUUGUGAUUGGGAGAGAAACGCUGCCUUGUGGAUUGGCACGAUUACUUCUGAAUCGAGCGGCCGAAUUGGUGCCGGUGGAGAACGUUUAUAGUACAGCACGGAACGAUCGGACGGUGAUACUGGAUAAGAUUGUACAACGGUUUAAAAAGGAGCAUAUUUUGAUCAUUAGUGCUAAUGUGGAGACUAUUAAUGCGGCUAAGUUGGUAAGGCAUAUAUAUUCUUAUUGUAUUUAUAUUUCCUAAUUUUGACCUAUAAAAAGUCUUGUCGUCUUUCGUCGUGAAAGCCAUAGUUAAUUGACGACAAGACUUUUUUUGAUUUCAAUGAUAAAAUAGAUUAAAAAAGGCAAAACUAUGAUAACAUUAAACAUAAUUUUUCAGUUAAACCUAUGCGUAUGGCCAGUCCGAACCAUCAAUGAUGUUGAAACGUUUUAUGUCGCCAUGGAUCGUAUUUUAUGUUAG